AUGUGUACGAAGAAGAAAAAUGUGUACGAAGAAGAAAAUGUGUACGAAGAAGAAAAAUGUGUACGAAGAAGAAAAAUGUGUACGAAGAAGAAAAAUGUGUACGAAGAAGAAAAUGUGUACGAAGAAGGAAAUGUGUACGAAGAAGAAAAAUGUGUACGAAGAAGAAAAAUGUGUACGAAGAAGAAAAUGUGUACGAAGAAGAAAAUGUGUACGAAGAAGAAAAAAGUGUACGAAGAAGAAAAUGUGUACGAAGAAGAAGAUAUGGGCGACAGUUUUGACACGCUGCUCACUCACCUGGGAACCGGAAAGUGGAAUAUUCUCUACAUCUUAACUUCUUCCUUUAGGUUCCUGCUAUCACCCAGCCAGUCACUGAGUGGCGUAUAUCUGGCUCCAGCAGUCGACUUCACAUGUAUACCAAAUCCAGAUCACAACUUGAUUAAAAUCUCACCUGACUCUUGUAGUUAUAUGGCGAGCAAUACGUCAUCAGGAAGCUUGGAGAAGGUAGCCUGCACCGAUUUUAACUUUGACACCUCCGUAUUCACUUCAACACUAACAUCGGAGGUCAGCAACUAA